AUGAGUGAGAAAAAUAUUAAAUUUAGAGCAGGUAUUGCAGAAUAUAAUGAAGAAACCAAACUUUGUACGCCGCUUGCGGGUCAGGGUAUGGUCAAGAUUCAACCAAAUAAUGAAGGUGCUGAUAUGGGAUUUUGGGAUUUUGAAUGGAAACCCUUAGAUAAGACCCUGAGUGGUAAAUAUGAACCUAUAUCAUUGAUUUUAAUACCUGGUGAGACCGCAUGGAUUCCAAUUAAAUCUGCAAAAGGUGGUAGAGUCUUUGGUUUGAUUUUCUCCUCAAAUCAAAAGUACUUCUUUUGGAUGCAAGAAAAGAAUAAGAAAGGUAUGGCUGCAGAUGAGCUAAGUCUCGCUGAUCAAAAGAUAACGGAAAGAAUUCAAACUAUCCUAAAUGAAGUUGUAAUGGAUGAUGAGGAUGAUGAGAUGGAAGUUUUGGAAGAUACAGAUGCAACUGGGGAACAUGAACCUGAUACUGGUAUGUUGGAACCAGAAGGUGAAGGUAAGGCUUAG